AUGAACGCGAAGGCGCUCACCUGGGCGGCAUGCUUGGCCUCGACUGGAGUGCUGUUGACAUGUCUCGCAUUCGCUGGGUUCCUCUAUAGAGACCUUUCCAACUUCCGUGAAGAGGCCGUCCGCGAUUUGGCCGAAUUCAAGGUCUAUUCGGAUGAGGCCUGGUCCGGAAUGCACCGCGGCCCAAGCGAGGCCGAGGGCCACACCAAGAAGCACGGAUUUGUCGAAGUUCGAACUGCCAGUGCGGCCAGCAGCCCAGCAACUGCCCCCGCGGCCCGCCCGGACCCCCUGGUGAAGCCGGACACCCCGGUGAGGAUGGCCAUCCUGGACAGCCCGGAAAUGACGGUAAUGCCGCUGGACCUGGAACUGGGGAUGAAUCCACUGGUGGCUGCCAAACUUGCCCCGCUGGCCCACCCGGACCGCCAGGACCCGAUGGACCACCAGGACCUCUUGGACCCGAUGGAGAUGAUGGACAACCUGGAAGACAAAGCUAUGGAGGCGCUCGACCCGGCCCACCUGGCCCACCUGGAGAUGCCGGCCAACCUGGACAGCCUGGACAACCCGGACAGCCUGGUGGACCCGGUCAACCCGGCAAGAAAUACGUCAGCCAACCUGGCCAACCUGGAGGUCGUGGCCCGCCUGGACCUGCUGGUCAGCCCGGACCUCCCGGAAACGCCCCUCAGCCUGGCCCACCAGGACCUCCCGGCCCGCAAGGACAGACCAAAUAUUCUUCAACUCUAUAUACUAUUUAUUGUUACCUUAUUAUUCGUCAAAGACACUUUUCCUAUCCCUGAAUAUUACGAACCGCGACCCUACCCAAUUGAUGAUGAUGUUGAUGAGGAGGCAAUUCCCUCU